GACGCUUCCAUCCCUUCUCCCAACGACACACUCUCUCUCUCCUCUACUAAGCUGCUGAUUGGAAGUCUCUAGAAAGUACAACCCCAGCAAAUGCAAUCGCAUCUCUCUUAAAAACCCUUUCUCUUCCCCUCUCGCACCUCACCUAUCUACCACCUUCUCUUCUACAAAAACCCUCUCUUUCUCUUUCUCUUUCUAGAUUCUUCUGCUUUCAUCUCACACACACUCUCUCUAUAGAUUCUCGAAGAAAAUGGAAGACGACUUCGACAUGCCGGCGGCUGAAGAUAUGAUGAACGACGAAAAUAUGGACUUCGCCGAUGAAACUUCCAUGAAAGUCGGCGAAGAAAAAGAGAUCUCUAAAGAAGGCUUGAAGAAGAAGCUUCUCAAAGAAGGCGAAGGCUGGGAUAAUCCUGACAAUGGCGACGAAGUUGAAGUGCAUUAUACUGGAACAUUGUUGGAUGGAACGAAGUUUGAUUCAAGUCGUGAUAGAGGAACUCCUUUCAAGUUCACUCUUGGCCAAGGUCAAGUUAUUAAGGGAUGGGAUAUUGGUAUUAAAACGAUGAAGAAGGGUGAGAAUGCUAUUUUGACUAUUCCUGCUGAGCUGGCCUAUGGUGAAGCUGGUUCACCUCCUACCAUCCCGCCUAGUGCUACCCUCCAAUUUGAUGUUGAGCUAUUAUCAUGGGUUAGUGUUAAGGAUAUUUGCAAGGAUGGUGGAAUUUUUAAGAAGAUCCUUACUGAAGGAGAAAAGUGGGAGAAUCCAAAAGAUACGGAUGAGGUGUUUGUGAGAUAUGAAGCUCGCCUGGAAGAUGGAACACUGGUUGGAAAGUCUGACGGUGUGGAGUUUACUGUUAAUGAAGGUCAUUUCUGCCCUGCAUUGUCAAAGGCUGUGAAGACUAUGAAGAAGGGGGAGAAAGCUCUUUUAAGUGUUAAGCCGCAAUACGGGUUUGGAGAGCAAGGCAAGCCAGCGUCUGGUAAUGAAGGUGCUGUUCCUCCAAGUGCCGUGCUUGAAAUCACCCUUGAACUGGUAUCUUGGAAGACUGUGUCUAAUGUUACUGAUGAUAAGAAGGUUGUCAAAAAGAUUCUGAAAGAAGGAGAAGGAUAUGACCGCCCUAAUGAGGGAGCUGUUGUGAAAUUGAAAUUGAUUGGAAAGCUCCAAGACGGCACUGUGUUUCUAAAGAAGGGUCAUGAAGAUGAUCUUUUCGAAUUUAAGACAGAUGAAGAACAAGUUAUUCAGGGGCUCGAUAGAGCCGUAUUGACAAUGAAGAAAGGAGAAGUGGCUUCAUUGACAAUUGCUCCAGAGUAUGCUUUUGGCUCAUUGGAAACUAAGCAGGACUUGGCUGUGGUUCCUCCCAACUCUACAGUGUGUUACGAAAUAGAAUUGGUUUCAUUUGAGAAGGAGAAGGAAUCUUGGGAUAUGAAUACUGAAGAGAAAAUUGAGGCAUCAGGCAAGAAGAAAGAAGAAGGAAAUGCAUUAUUCAAAGCUGGCAAAUAUGUUAGAGCAUCAAAGCGAUAUGAGAAGGCUGCCAAAUAUAUUGAGUACGAUUCAUCGUUUAGUGAUGAAGAGAAGAAGCAGUGCAAGGUCUUGAAGGUAUCUUGCAACUUGAAUAAUGCAGCCUGCAAGCUGAAGUUGAAAGAAUAUAAGGAAGCAGAGAAACUCUGCACCAAGGUAUUGGAAUUGGAAAGUAUGAAUGUCAAAGCGCUCUACAGAAGAGCACAGGCAUAUGUACAUCUAGCAGAUCUUGAGUUGGCAGAAUUUGACAUUAAGAAGGCAUUGGAAAUUGAUCCUGACAACAGGGAUGUGAAACUGGAAUACAAGAAGUUGAAAGAGAAGAUUAGAGAAUACAAUAAAAAGGACGCACAACUCUAUGGGAAAAUGUUCUCAAAGAUAGCUUGAGUCAAUAAAGGUGCUUCCAAGGAGGCUGAUUGAUGGUCGACAAGUCAUAAGCACGGCGAUUGUUGCAAUUAAUCAAGGAGCAAUUAGAGGGUCUUGUGGUCUUACUACAGUUAAUUUUCUUUUAUUUUGGUAGUAGAACGGUAGAUCUUUCGAAUCCAGGAAGCUGUAUUGGGGUUUCUGUCGCGGAAAAACUUGAGCAAUGCGCAAUAUUGUUAUUUCUUGCUUAGCAGUUUGAAUUAGGAGCAUUAACAUUUUAUGCCAGUUUGGUGUUUCUGUUUCUAGACUUGGGUAGUUGUGUUCAGUGGUUUGUAGUUAACUGUAACCUGUAAGAUCGUUACAGCGGAACCUUUUGAUUUCUAGUUGUGGGGUUUGACACCUGCAUUUGGAGUUAUUUAUAAAGAGAUAUUUAAUCA